AUGGUGAUCGACUUGACUGGAGAUUCAACAUCGGAGGGAGAGGACAUAUAUCAUGAGGCAAUUAAAACCUCAUUCAACAACGCUGACCUGCUUCUGGCGACAUUCAAACAUCAGCCAAAAAGUCACAAGACACAAAGAAAGCUACAAGAGCUCAGAAUUGUUCCCAUCCAGAAUUCUUCGAGCUCUUCGGAAGCAGAGAGUUGUGUUAGCUUCGGCAGUCGAAAACGAAGGCGAGAUGAAACAGACUCCCCUGCUUCCUCACUCCCCGGCCACCAUGGCCUUUCUGACUUUUUCCUGGUUCAUAAUACCCCCAAGAAAGUCGCGGGAAUGUAUGCAAAAGUCAAGGAUGUGAAGCGGAGCACAACUAAAUUCAAUCGUGGAGUUCGAACCUUUCAGCCACCGCAGAAGUCACGUCGAACACCCUUAGAUUUGCAAAAUCUCUAUGCAAAGAAAGUCGCUUCAAUCAAUGGGCCUCCAGUCCAUAUUACAUUUAAUGACAAUUCCCGCAUUGUGGACUUUAAUUUUGAAUUUAUAAGCAAUUACAAGAUGCAGGAAGGUGUUUAUCCUGUUGAUUCCAACUUCCACGCAGGCUGUGACUGCAUUGGUGCAAAGUGCAACUUAAGGAGCUGCUCAUGCCUUUCACAGGAGGAAGACUCCUUGGAACGAAUCAUACCUUACAGAGUUGGUGAUGCUGGCGUCAUUAUUUUGCGUGACGAAUUCAUGCGACGAAAGUCGAUGAUCUAUGAAUGCUCUUUGUUGUGUAAUUGUGACUGGAAUUGUAUGAACAAAGUUGUUGAGCGAGGAAGAACUGUUCGCCUUGAAAUAUUUCAAACCCGAAAUCGAGGAUUUGGACUAAGGUCGGCGGAUUUCAUCCAGGCUGGUCAAUACAUUGACUGCUACCUUGGUGAAGUGGUGACGAAAGUCGAGGCUGACGACCGUGAAGCUGCUACCUCAAAUAAUAGAGCAAGCUACUUAUUUUCACUAGACUUUCUUGUGGAUCAGGAUGAUGAUGAUAUCUAUGUUGUUGAUGGGAGAAAAUUUGGUUCUGUUACAAGGUUUAUGAAUCAUUCUUGCAAGCCAAACUGCCAAAUGUUUCCAGUUUCUCACAACCAUGCUGAUCAACAUAUAUUUGGACUGGCAUUUUUUGCUGUAACUGAUAUCCCCCCUGGUAAAGAGUUGACUUUUGACUAUCAUCCUAAUUGGAAAAGUGAUGGGAAUCUUGAUAUUGACCCAGAUGCAGUGAAAUGCUUAUGUGGAGAGAAGAAUUGUCGCGGUCAGCUUUGGCCUAAUCAAAGAAAAACAUUGCACAAUUGA